AUGUCGCUCAUAUCAUGUUCUCAAACCAUCGAGUACUUCCUCAUCGACAAGAACUUCUUAGUCGCCCCUCGUUGCCUUGCCAUAGAUCAAAGGAACAGGGAAAUUGAUAUAAAAUGGCAUUUGGGUUGGUUAUCAUACUCGAGCAAAGAUACUAGAUCACUACCAGAUACGACUACGUCAAUCUUUGGAAUGAAAUGCCAGAGUUAUCAUUGCAAUCAUCCUAAGUCUACUAUAGUGAUGCAAGUAACGAUUUAUAUGAUGGUUCAUUAUUCAUUUUAA